AUGUCUAUCACACAGUCUAUAACAAAUCAAGAACACGCUGGGCUAGAUUUAUCUAAGGUAGCAGCAUUGCAACAAAAGCGAACGGUGGCGUUUGUGAACCACUUCGCUAUAACUACGGUGCAAUUUCUGAACAGUUUCAUGAAACAGUGUGAAGAAAAACUGAUGCGCUUUGAAAGACAGCUGGAAAAGGUUGAAGCGGCGAUGGUGCUGCUAGAAGCUAGACUUUCAUCAAUACCAGAAGUAAGUGGAACACAAGCAGAUCCAAUAGAAAAAACUAAAGUUGAAACAAAAGUGGAAAUAAAUCCACCCCCAGAAGUAAGUUCACCAGAAAAUAGUGAACUGAAAGGACCACUUAAAGAACAAUCAUCAGAUUCAGUAAAACCAAAAGAUAGCCCCGUCCCUAGUCAUCCCGAAUAUGACAGAUUUAUUAAAAUGGUGUCAGUAGGAGUGCCUUUAGAAGCUGUGAAAUUAAAACUAUCUGCAGAAGGAUUGGAUCCCAAUGUUUUUGCAAAAUUAGUUAGUACAAAAUAGGGAAAAAGUAUAUUUCUAACAAGAUCUGGUUUAACAUUUGUUGUAAAUAAAAUUAUUAUAUUUUGUACUAUACAAAUAAAUAAUUUAAAAAGUUUUUACAGUGCUAACAAUUGUUUUGUAAAUUAUGUAUAAAAAAAACUAUUUAAAUUUUGUAUGUGCAAACAAUAAACGAUGACA